AGGGAGCUUCUGAUCAGAUGCUGAUCGCCCUGUCCUUUCCCAGCAUUUUUGGUUUGUGUUUUGUAAUCUUGUAAAGAUCAAACCCACCUGCCUUCCAGCAACAUGGAUUUUGAAUUGGUAGAGGAAGGCCCAACUUGCAGUGAAACACAUGAGAGCACCAACAAAAAGGAACGCAUAAAUAGAAUUGCAUCUACUUGGAAAUUCUUGCAUUCAGCUCAGUUUUUUCUGUACUUGGCUCAUUCGUUGUCCACGUGGGGGGAUCGCAUGUGGCAUUUUGCCGUCUCACUUUUCCUAGUGGAACUCUAUGGAAAUAAUUUACUGCUUACAGCUGUGUUUGGGUUAGCCAUUUCUUCAACUCUGAUUUUAUUUGGAGCUUUGGUUGGAAACUGGGUGGACAAGAAUCCUAGAAUGAAAGUUGUACGGAUAGCCCUGGUUAUCCAGAAUCUGUCAGUGAUCUUAUGUGCUGGUGGGCUUAUGCUAUUCUUUAGCUAUAGGACCCAGAUCAUUGUCCUGUGGAGUGGUUGGAUGCAGGUUUUUUGUUAUUUUUUCAUCAUUACUAUCGGUGUGAUUGCAGAACUUGCCAGUACAGCGAUGUCAAUCUCAAUCCAGCGAGACUGGAUUAUAGUAGUAGCUGAAGAUACUGACAAGCUAUCAAGUAUGAACGCUAAUCUAAGACAAAUUGAUCUUCUCAGCAAGCUUCUCUCACCAAUGGCUGUGGGUCAAAUCAUGACUUUCAGCUCCUCGGAGAUUGGCUGUGCCUUUAUAGCUGGGUGGAAUUUGUUCUCCAUGUGCUUUGAAUAUUUAUUGCUUCAGAAGGUGUAUAAAAUUACUCCAGCAUUAGCCAUAAAGAAUGUUCAACAGCUUACUAAUCAAGAGGAGCAGCAUGAAGCUUCAGAAGAAAAUCAAACCUCCUUUAAGGAAUCUGAGAUGGUGGAUACUCCAGUUCCUGAGGGAGAUGGCGUUAGUAGCAAUUCUAGGAAUCAAAAUCCUGAUAAAACUGGUGGACUUAGGAGCAUUCUGGUUCCUCUGAAGACAUUGCAAAGCGGCUGGAUUGCCUAUUACAAGCAGCCAAUGUUCCUAGCUGCGUUGGGCCUCUCGUUUCUUUACAUGACUGUUCUGGGAUUUGAUGGAAUUACGAUAGGAUAUGCCUAUGCGCAAGGAGUAUCCAGUUCUGUCCUCAGUAUCAUGGUGGCGUUGGCUGCUGUAUUGGGAUUAGUAGGCACUUUGUUUUUUACAAUAUUGAGAAAAUAUUGUGGUCUCGUUCAUACUGGACUUUUUUCAAGUAUUGCACAAAUGGCUUGCCUCACCCUUUGCAUAGCAUCAGUCUUCGCUCCUGGAAGCCCAUUUGAUUUAAGUGUUCCUCUUCACUCACAUGCAUCAAAUCAAGUGGAAGCCAAUGCAAUUAAUGUAUAUCCUGCUUUUACUUCUAAUGGAUCCGUUACAAAGCCUUCACUACAAUCCUCUAAUUUGACUUCACAUCUACCAAUGCACCUGACAAACUCCACAAAAGAAUUUGAUUACACUUCUAUAGCUCUGUAUUUUGCUGGGGCAGCUACAGCAAGAAUUGGUUUAUGGAGUUUCGACCUCACUGUAACACAGCUUAUUCAAGAAAUGGUUCAUGAGUCAAAGAGAGGGAUUGUAAAUGGUGUUCAGGGUUCCAUGAAUGCCAUUAUGGACCUUCUUCGCUUUGUCCUGGUCAUCAUAGCUCCAGCACCAGAACACUUUGGUUUUCUUAUUAUCCUGUCUGUGAUAUUUGUGUCUUUGGGUGGGUUUCUUUACUUUUGUUUUGCAAGAAAAACUCUGGGGAAGCAUCUGCACAAGUGUGUUUGUAUGAAAGAAAAAGGCAACUGUAGCAAUCAAGUCACGAAUGUGGUGGUAGAAUCCUUCCUCUGAUUAUUUCGCAGUAAAAUUUUGUCAGCAUAAAAUGAGUUUACAUUUCAUUCAGGUAAUUAUAGAAACUGUACAAUAAUUCCAAGUAUUGAAUGUACAGUUUAAAUUAAUGUGAAUAUGACUCAACUUUGUACAGCACAGCAGUGUCUCCUGGACUUUUAAGAUUCUAAUACAAGGACAGAGAUGAUUGAACAGUUAACGGUGGGGAGAGUGUGCAGUAUAACUUGAUGUUAUGCUCUCACAAUUGUACCAGUGUAACACUCCAUUGCAGAAUAUAACUAGAUUGCCAGAGUAAUAAUAAUAAUAAUAAUCCUUGCAUUUGAUAUAGCGCUUUUCA